UGCGACUUUCCAACAUCCCCAAUUCACCAUGGAUCCCUACGACAGUGACUCCAGUGCCGACGAGGACUUUACCGAUACCGGUGUUCUUCUCGGUUACGCCGACGAUGAGGUUAUCGAGGACACCGUUAGCCACCUAGGCGGCUGGCCGAAAUGGCUUGCAGACAACGUUGCCCCACCGGGUGAAUUUGCCAACUGUAAGGUCUGCAAUAGUCCCAUGUUACUACUGCUCGAGUUGCACGGUGACCUGCCCGACCAUUUCCCCACCGACGAGCGCCGCCUGUAUAUCUUCGGCUGCCCCAGAAAGCCAUGCAACCGCAAACCAGGCAGUAUUCGCGCAUAUCGCGCAACUCGCAAGGUUAACCUGAACUCUUCGCCGCAACAAAACGAACAAGAAGGUACCAAGGAAAUUGAAAAGAAAGAGACCACACCACCCCCACCCCAGCCCCAGCAGCCCAGGGACCUAGGAGCCACGUGUCUGCAAACGCCAAUCCUUUCUCCUCCAAUCCGGGCUCUUCAGCUGGGGGGUUUUGCCAAUCCCUUUGCGAUGCCCAAACCCUCCACAGCUCCAGCUCCCGCUCCAGCUCCUGCCCCAACCCCAGCUCAAUCAUCCACCAAUGCGCUCGCCGAAUCCUUCGCUGACAAGGUCCGGAUCUCGUCUCCAGAGCCAUCAGCUAGUAACCCCGCUCUCACCACCUUCAAGCCCACACCGGAAUCAUCAGGCGCUCUCGCUCCGUGGCCCGAACAAGCCGCCUUCCCGGCUCCAUACCAGAAUUACUUCCUAGACGCCGAAUACGAGACCCUCUCGCGGCCAUCGACGCCCACCGUCCCGGACAACGUGCAAAUGGAACCAAUGGAAGAAGAAGGUGCUGGCGGUGAUCUCAAAGAUACAUUCGAGUCCGAGCUCGACAAGGCUUUUAUGAAGUUCUCUACUCGCCUCUCUCAUAACCCUGAACAGGUCCUGCGCUACGAGUACCGCGGCACCCCGCUGCUUUGCUCGUAUGCUGACCCGGUGGGUAAGCUUUUACAUCCCGAGCACUCGGCUGGCCGUGUGACUACUGUUGGAGGUGGUCAUAUGCCGCGUUGCGAGUACUGUGGCGCGCAGCGUGUCUUUGAAGUGCAGCUUGUGCCGCAUGCUAUUAGUAUUCUUGAGGAUGGACGUCCUGGUGUUGGGCUUGGGGAGGGGGAUGCCGGGAUGGAGUGGGGGACUAUUGUUAUGGGUGUCUGCUCGAAGGAUUGUGCUCCUGAGGCUCUUUGGCAGACUGGUUGGAGAGAGGAGUGGGCUGGUGUGCAGUGGGAGGAGAUGAAAUAG